CAUUGUUGGUUGCCAGACAAGGGGGAUUACCAUAUUUUCGGGAGUCAAUGGUGAAAGAGGGAGGUUUCAUACCUAUCCCUGAUCUAAGAGACCCAUUGUCAUAUAAAUCAUUCUUGUCGCGAUCUUUGGCAUCAAAAAUCCCAUUUUCCUUUCCCCGGAUUAAGGAAUUGAAGAAUCUUUUUGGUGUGGUGGAUGAAUCAAUCAUGGAUGAGUAUAUUCAAGACACCCUCAAGGUAUGUAAGAAGAAUCCCAUUCGAGGUGAGCAAAGCACCUGUGCAACUUCCGCCGAGGAUCUCAUUGAUUUUGUUGUCGAGAAAUUAGGGAACCGUGUACGUGCAUGGAGUACUGAGAGCGUCGAAGGAUCUUAUGAGAAUGUCUCAAUUGGAGCUGUGAAACUCAUCCAUGGAAACCAUUCCAAACCACCAACCUUGUGUCAUAGUCAGCCAUUUCCAUUUCAAGUCUAUUAUUGCCAUAUUUUACCGAAAGUAAAAGUAUAUGCAAUUGAUAUACAUGCUGAGAAGAAAGUGAAUAAUGCAAUCAUGGCAUGUCACUAUGACACAUCAACUUGGAAUCCAAACCAUCUUGCUUUUAAGCUUUUGGGUUUUGGCCCAGGCCUAAUUGAAGUCUGUCAUUGGAUAAAUGAGAAUGGAGUCAUCUGGACAACGACUCAAGGUUGAGCAACAUUU